GCUGGAUAAAUUCAUUUGAGUGCUAAAUAUCCCCGGAACGUUCGGCUGUUCGGUCAAAAACGUAUAAUUGAAAGAAUGUCGUCUCAUCGAGCGGAUGCGAGCACCUUUCUCGACAACCGAGGCUACACUGGCCCCCUCGUCCGCGGCGUGAAUCCUGUCACAUUGUUCGAAAAAGCUGUACGCGAUCGUAUCACAGAUUCAUACUAUUGGAAAGAGCAAUGCUUCGGUCUCAAUGCUGCCACACUGUGUGAUCGCGCAAUCGAACUGACGUCGAUCGGUGGAACCAUUGUUCUCGAAUAUUUGAAUUUCACUGAUCCAGGAAGUGGAGAUGAGGAGAACCCGGAGGAUACAGAAAUCAACGGAGAAGUGGUCAAAGGUAGAGGUGACUUCAAGUAUUUACGAUCCCUCGCCGCAUUUUAUAUUCGUCUUACGUUCGAAGCUGCCGAAAUUUACAAAUAUCUGGAGCCGCUACUGCUGGAUUAUAGGAAGCUGAAGCGAAGGAUGCGCGAAAAUUACGUUCUUACCACCAUGGAUCAGUUUAUCGACGAUUUGCUCACGAAAGAUCGAGUGUGCGCGACGAGUUUAUGGAAGCUACCUUCUCGACAAAUGCUAGAAGAUCUGGACUUAUUGGAAGAACGAAUUAGCCCGUUGGCUGAUGAAUUGGAGGAACUUGACCGGGAGAGUGUGGCAAGUUACCACAGCAGGCAAGACGAUGAUAGUGAUCGCGGUUCAGAUACUAUGCGGCAAGAGGAAUGA